AGCCUCGUUUCUAUCGUCAACAGGAAAACGGUUGAAGCGUCCUUGGUGAUGUUGUCAGUGGUGUAACUUUCGCAUCUCUCUCCCCCUCUGCGUGCACUGUGUCUGUGUCAAACUACCGAUAACUAAUCGAUAACACCGCAGAGGCUAAUGAGAAAACGAUUAAAAGUUCGGAAGUAACCAUGACUGCAGCUGCUCUCAUAGGUGACCAGCUGAUCCUUGAAGAGGACUACGAUGAGAACUAUACACCCUCUGAACAAGAAAUCCAAGAGUACGCCAGAGAGAUUGGCAUUGAUCCCGACAAUGAGCCGGAGCUCCUGUGGCUGGCCAGGGAGGGCAUCGUGGCUCCUUUGCCCCCUGAGUGGAAACCUUGCCAGGAUGUGACGGGCGACAUCUACUACUUCAACUUCUCCACUGGUCAGUCCACUUGGGAUCACCCCUGUGACGAGCACUACCGCCGCCUGGUGGCCCAGGAGCGCGAGCGCGCCCAGCUCACGGCCGCUGCAGGAGGCGCAGGGGCGAAGAAGGACAAGGAGAAGAAGAAGAAGAAAGAAAAGAAGGAGAAGAAAGAGAAGAAGAAGAAGGAGCCGCUCAAGACUCCUGGAGUGUUGACUUCAGCCUUGGGACCUUUACCGUCCCCGCUGGGCAGCCUGGCUCCUCUGAGAGGUCUGGAUGCCCCCGGCCCAGGCCCUCUCUCUGGAUCUGCCCCGGCUCUCAGAGGGUCCUUCAGCAGCUCUGGAGGCCUGGAGCCCCUCAAGACUUCCCUAGGGGGUCCGAGAAGCAGCGGUGCGUCCAGUGUUUUAGGCAGCAGGCAGGAGGAGAGGGUGUCCCUCACCCUGCCCGGGUUCGAUGAUGAUGACGACAAUGAUGAAGACAAAAUAUCAGAAAAUGAGCCGAGUCCUCGUGGAUCAGACCGGCUGUUGAAGAACCUCCACCUGGACCUGGAUGCCCUCGGAGGAGGCCUACAGUACGAGGACAGUGAAGCCAGCGGUAGAGCUCCACCCGAGGAGAGGACGGAGCCUGAGCUGCAGGACUUGGCCUUGUCUGGAGACCACAGCCCUGAACCCCCGUCCCAACAGGAGUCUGAGACCAGUAAAAACAUAGAGGAGGCUUCAUCCUCCAUAGAUGUCAAGCUGUCGGAGAAGGUUCUGGACAUAAACGACCUGUCGGGCACCGUCAGUCCUCUGGAGAAAGACGACAGGGAGGAAACAAAAGAAGAAGAAGAAGAGGAGGAUGAGCGAGUGAAGACAAAGGCUGCAGAGGCUUCGUCCAAGAGGCGCACACUGGUUGAAGACAAAGGAAACCCCCUAGCCUAUAAAAUUGACCGACUCGUCCUCCACCAGUCCAGCCCCUCGCCCUCCCUCUCCAGCCCUUCACCCUCAGAGCGAGGCGUCGAGCUCCGGCCAAAACCCGAAGGCUUCGGCGUUUCAUCUCUGGGGCUCCAGAGGCCUGAAACCGCCAGAGGUCGGCUGGUCCGCUCCUCCAACACCCGACUGGAAGACGCCGAACCCCGAGACGACUCGCUGGGUGAAGAGCUGAGCUGGAGGACCCGGAGAGACGAGGAGAAGAAGAAGAAGGAGAGGGAGAGGGAGGAGGAGGAGGAGGAGGAGAGGAAGAGGGCAGAGAGAGAGGAGAAGGAGAAAGAGAGGAGGAAGGUGGAUUGUGAGGUGGAGGAGGAGAGGAAGCGACUGACGAGGGAGAAGGAGAAGAGGAUGUGUCUUCUCCAGGAGGAGCUGAGGAGAGAAGAGGAGGAGGAGGAGAGGAAACUGAAGGAGGAGAGCGAGGAGAGACUGAGGGCUUUAAGGCAGCGUCUCCUUUCCAAGAGGAGAGAGGAGGAAGCCAGGCUCACCGAGGAGUCUGACAGGACUCUGGAGGAGCUCAGAGAGUCCGUCCAGAGGGAGAAGGAGAAACAGCAACACAAGCUCAGGGAGGAGAGUGAAGCCUCGAUGAAGGAACUGCGUUUGGCUCUGGAGGAGGAACGAGCGGCGGAACGACAAAGGCUGGACGCCCAGAGGAGGGAGGACGUCGAGCGUCUGAAGGCCGAGCUGGAGGAGGAGCUGCGAGCGGAGAGGAGGAGACUCCAGGGAGAGAGGGAGGAGAAGCUGAAUGCUCUGAAACAGGAGGUCAAAAGCUCGGAGAGGAGGCGGGAGCUGAUGGCAAGUCCGCGACCUGAACAGCACCUGGCAGAGUAUCACAGAGAGCUGGCCGACGUGCUCCAGGAAGUGCGGGAAGAAGUGCAGCGUGACCACGACAGGAAGCUGGAGCAGCUGAGGGAGGACCACAGGAGAGAGAUGAACAACAUCAGAGAGAAAUACCUGGAUGAGGAGGCUGCUCAGAGGGAGAGCUUGCUGUCCACUCUGCAGGAGGACAGAGAGCGUCUCCAGGCCUCCCACGCCGUCCAACUGGAGAAACUCCGGCUGCAGCUCGACACGCAGAUACAGAGGAUGCAGCUCACGCACUCACGCAAGGAGUCAGAACUGCAGGAUCUGGCAGAUCAGUUGGAGCUGAGAUCCAAGGAGCUGAAGAGUCAAGAGGCCAUGCUGCAGACCAAGGCAGCAGAUCUGAAGAGGAAGAGGAGGAAGCUUGGGGAGGAAGAGGAGGAGGUGGACAGGCAGAUAGAGUCUUUUCCCUGGCUGCUCCGGGAGAGAGACCAGCUGAGGGAGGAGCUGCAGAGGACGAGGGAGGAGAAACACCAGGCUAGAGAGCUCAUCCAGAGGUGCAGGGAGGAGAGGAGCGAGGCCAAGGAGGAGGAGGAGAGGCUGAGGGGGGAGAGAGACCGAGCCAGGGAGGAGAGCAGGAGGGCGAAGGAGGAUAAGGAGCGACUGGAGAGCAAGGUGGCGCUGCUGCAGGAGAGAUGCGACCGUCUGAGCCGCAGAGUCAGUGAGUUGGAACAAGGUGAAGGAGCGAGCGCCUCCCCCAGACAAGACCUAAACUGGACAAACAGGAAGAGAAAACAGAGGCGGCGGCUGCCCUCUAGUGACAGGAGGGACUCAUCGCUACAUGUGGAGGACCUGGACGACGCACCGCUCUCCCCUGUACCCGACAGCCAGAGCAGCAUGGACGAGUUCAGACGCUACAUCUCCUCCCACGGCGCCUCCAUCCAAAAAACCAAACUCUUCCUGGAGAGGGAGAGCAGCCGCCUGAUGGAGAGACAGGCAGCUCUGCGGGCGGCCCAGACCAGCUCCAGCUCCCAGGACCCGAGCCGUGGAGGAGGGGUGACCGAGGAGAUGAUAGGAAACCUCCUGCAGGAGGCAAGAAACGUGGCGGAGCUGCAGAGGACGGUUCAGAGAGGGAACUCUCUCCUGCGGAGGAAAGAGGAGCAGCUUCAGCAGCUGGAGAGCUCUAUAGCUGAGGAGCCUCUGUUUGCGGAUGCGUCUCGGCUGGCAGGAGAGAGGAAGGUGACCUUUGACGUGACUGAGUCGGACCUCAGCAGCACCGCGGACCCUCCUGAUGGGACAGGAGGUCAUCCCACCGUCCCGGCUAAAGUCCAGGAGUUAGCCGAGUCCCUGCAGCAGAUCUCGGGUCAGCUCCACACCGUCCUGGGUGCACUGGGGUCACUAGCUCAGAGGCAGAGCACCACACCGUACACCUCCUUCUCUUUACCUCCCACCUCCACCUCGGUCCCGGUCAUGCCCCUGGGCCCCACGUCUUUAGCCCCACCUCCCUCAGCGAGUUCCUGGAGCUGGGGAAUGUCUGCAGCUCCACCUCUCUACAGCACCCCCAUCAGCAGUGGGCUGAGGGCGUCUGAGGACCUCAUCAACAGCAGAUGGAGCCAGACUUUCCCCGCAGCAGGUUUGGACCCAGUCGCCUCCAGCACCCUGAGGACCACCUCCACCUACUCACCAUACACUCCUUUUAGUGAACACAGUCGUAGUCUGAGGUCCAUCCAGAAGUCGGUGGAGGUGGACGGCCAGAGGCUGCAGGGGCUGAUCGACGGCAACAAGAGGUGGCUGGAGAUGCGAAAGAAAGACACGAGCAUACCUCUGUUCACUCGCUACCAAGCCCCGGCCUCCAAGACCGGCCUGGUCCAGCUGGGCCUAGACGACAACAACCAGAUCAGAGUCUACCAUUACUGAUAGACAUGAAGGCAACAGUCCAGUCCUGUUGUCCUGUGACUGUCACUGAGGACUUUGACUGACUUGACUUUUAAUGGCUGUGACGUUUACACUCAGGAGUCUCACAUGAGGACUCCUGUGCUUUUGUUUUUUUAAUCAGUGCAAAGGUUUUUCAGGGAGAGUCCAGGCCUCCUCUGCUGUGAUUGGACGAAGAGCUGAGUGCAGAGGAUAUUCAGGGAGCCACAUGUCACAGAGGGCUGAGGACUUUUAUCCUCCAACAAGGAGUUUUUAAAGCACUCCAAUGUCACGUUUACAGAUUUUAUCUCCACGCCAGACUCGGGCCAAACCUUAAUGAGUUUAAGACAAUCAGAGAUUUUCUUCUUUAUCAACAAAAACCUCCCGUUCAUCGUCUUGAUUUGUCCUCAUAUCGGCUCAUCUGCUUCUGCAGGCAGGAUGUUACAGCUGUUACAGACGCACAAAUGUCCAGAUCCAUUUCAUUACAGGUCAUAUUUGUAUUUAUACCACUAGCUUUUUUUAAAAAAUGAAAUGCGUGUGAAGUCGUUUUAGCCUUUCAGAGACAGAAAUCUGUUAGAAUCGCUGUUGUUUUUGUAAAGAAAGUGAAGCCAAACCACUUUUAAUUUAGAUUUCCACACUGUCUCCAAUCACAGAUCGUCGUGAGCUGUUGCCUAGUGUAUAAAUAUAUAUCCUUUGUGCAUAUAUAUUUGUGUAAAUUCUGUAUUUUUUUAUGAAAUAUUUUAAUAAAUCUAAUUUUAUAUAUACGUAA